AUGAGGUGUCAGCCCAACCCCUCCCGCUCCGGGCAGGCCUGAAGCAUCCGGGCCGCCGAGGGCUCGCCAUGGAGCGGCAGGUGCUGACGGAGCCCACCGAGGCCCUCUCGGUGUACCGGAGGCUGAGCCGCUACCCCGCCUUGGCCGCCGCCAGCGUGGGGCCUGAGGUUGUCACCCAGUAUGGGGGCAGAUACUGCCCCAUCCAGACAGAAUGGCUGCAGCGGGACCUGGAGAGGAUGGAGGCCGUCCGCUUUUCCCGCCAGUACCUGGUGUUCCAUGACAGCGGUUCCGUGCUGUUUGCGGGGCCCGCGGGCACUUGCACAGAGACCAAGGGGGAGCUGCUGAGCAGAGAGUCUCCGUCGGGGUUAAUGAAAGCUCUUCUUCGCAAGAUCAGCAGCAAUUGCACAGGGGAGGACAAACAAUUCUUGGAGGUCUGGGGAAAGAAUUCCAAGAUGAGGACCGUCAACCUAACAGCUCUGGAGAAGCACGGGCCUGUGUAUGAAGACGAUUGUUUUGGUUGUCUGUCUUGGUCACACUCAGAGACCCACAUUCUCUAUGUGGCCGAAAAGAAACGCUCCAAGACAGAGUCGUUCUUCCAGGCCAAACCCACCGAAUUCACUGAUGAGACACCUACGAUGAAGAAAGAGGACAGUGCCGUCAAGGGGGAUCAAUUUGUAUUCCAUGAAGACUGGGGAGAAAGUUUGGGGUCCAAGAGCGUUCCCGUCCUGUGUGUCCUGGAUAUUGACAGUGGAAAUAUUUCUGUGCUGGAGGGAAUCCCUGACCAUAUCUCCCCUGGACAGGCUAUCUGGGCUCCCAGAGACACUGGCGUGGUGUUUGUGGGCUGGUGGCAUGAACCCUUCAGACUAGGAGUGCGUUUCUGUUCGAACCGCAGAUCAGCUCUGUUCUAUUUGAACCUCACCAGUGGGAAAUGUGAGCCUCUUACUGAUGAUUCCAAGGCGAGCUGGUCCCCCCGGUUGAGCCCAGACCAAUGCCACAUUGUCUACCUGCGAUACACUGCACUUGGUCCUCAUCAUCAGUGCAGUCAGCUGUGUCUGUUGGACUGGUAUACAAGACUCACAACUGUGAUAGUGGACAUUGUGCCCAGACAGAGUAAAGGAUACUUCUCUGGGAUCUACUGCAACUUACUGCCAGUGGCAUGCUGGUCUGAUGAUAGCCAGAGAGUGGUCUUUGAUUCUGGAAACCGGAGCCGCCAGGAUCUGUUUUCAGUGGACAUGCUGACAGGAAGUGUGAUCCCCCUGACUUCAGGGUUUCCUGCAGCGAGCUGGAAGCUGUUCACAGUACAGCGGGACCUCCUGGUGGCUCAGUUCUCCACACCCAACUGCCCACCCAGUCUGAAAGUAGGGUUUCUGCCGCCUCCAGGGAAAGAGGAGACCAUCUGCUGGAUGCCCCUGGAAGAUGCGGAACCCCUCAUGGAGAUAAUGUGGGGAAUCCGGACCCUACAGCCUCCCCCAGAGCAAGAGAAUCCGCAGUAUGCUGGGCUUGACUUUGAAGCAAUCCUCCUUGAGCCCAGUGUCCUGUCCAGAGGAAUCAAAAUUCCACUCGUGGUCAUGCCUCAUGGGGGCCCUCACUCAUCCUUUGUAGCAGGGUGGAUGCUGUUCCCUGCUGUCCUCUGCAAGAUGGGCUUUGCUGUCUUAUUAGUGAACUACCGUGGCUCCUCGGGCUUUGGCCAGGACAGCAUCUUCUCCCUGCCUGGAAACGUGGGGGACCAAGAUGUGAAAGAUGUCCAGUUUGCAGUGGAGCAGACGCUCCUGGAGGAGCAGUUUGAUUCAGGCCGGGUGGCGCUGAUGGGGGGAUCCCAUGGGGGUUUCCUCUCCUGCCAUCUGAUUGGCCAGUACCCGGAGGUAUACAAGGCCUGUGUAGCUAGGAACCCGGUCGUCAACAUCGCCUCUCUGUCUGGGUCCACAGACAUUCCUGACUGGUGCCUGGUGGAAGCAGGCUUUACCUACAGAGCAGAAUACCUACAUGAUCCGACCAUCUGGCAAGAGAUGCUGAAGAAAUCUCCAGUUUGCUAUAUUCCUCAGGUUAAGACACCGGUUCUGCUGAUACUCGGCCAAGAGGACAAGCGCGUUCCCUUCAAACAGGGCGUGGCAUACUAUCGGGCCCUCAAGGCCCGGAACGUCCCUGUGAGGGUCUUGCUGUACCCAAAGAGCAAUCAUUCGCUUUCUGAGGUGGAGGUGGAGUCCGACAGCUUCAUGAACACUGUGGUCUGGCUGUACAAGCACUUGGGCACCUGUUGAUCGGAGGCCCCUUCUUUGCCAUUUGCUCUGUUGGUUCUGAUCUCCCUGAGUCCCCCCAAGAGACACACACCAUUAACUGUUUAUUGAUAAGAUCAUUCAAUUUUGUUUCAGCAAAAUUUCUAAUAAAUAGAGGAAAGAGAAUCCAUUUUUCCUAGGAAA